GCCCUUCCUGGACCAGACGACAGGGGGCGCUGCGGUACCCGAAACAGCUAUUUCCUGACUGUCCUUCCAGCAGCAUCUCACCUUCACGCGCAAAAACACCAACCGAACCGACGGACAGUCUCCCGAAACGCCGCAGGACCGCCUCAGUUAAGUCCCAGUAGGUUAUUUCAAUGAUGUAGACGAUCUUUUCCUCGAAUUCUCACCGCUCGUUGAACCCGCCGGCCUUCACUGCGACACCCAACGGCGUCCAUUUUUGCGUGGAGCUCGCGCCUAAAUCGUAUAAAACAACAUUCCCGACGAAGAAGCCUUUUUUUUUCCUCGUCGCGUUCCUGAGUCCAGGCCGAGCAGCGUCUCUCCUCGCAGCAGCAUCCUUCAUCCUCCUCUUCGUCAAUCUGCGCAAUGGCCGACGUCCCAGCCGAAUGCAACAUUAAAGUGCUGUGUCGCUUCCGACCACUGAACCAGUCCGAGAUCCUCCGCGGGGAUCUGUUUCUGCCCAAGUUCCAGGGGGACGACACGGUCACUCUCGGGGGGCGGUCCUACGCGUUCGACCGCGUCUUUCCCACCAACACCACCCAGGAGCAGGUGUACAACACUUGCGCCAAGCAGAUUGUCAAAGAUGUCCUUGGAGGUUACAAUGGCACCAUCUUUGCGUACGGACAAACGUCCUCUGGGAAAACUCACACCAUGGAGGGUAAACUGCACGACCCGCACCAGAUGGGCAUCAUCCCUCGUAUCGCUGAGGACAUUUUCAACCACAUCUUUGCCAUGGAUGAAAACCUUGAGUUCCACAUCAAGGUUUCCUACUUUGAAAUCUACAUGGACAAAAUCCGUGACCUGCUGGACGUGACCAAGACCAACCUGUCCGUCCACGAGGACAAGAACAGGGUUCCGUACGUGAAGGGAUGCACUGAGCGUUUUGUCUCCAGUCCCGACGAGGUCAUGGAUGUCAUCGACGAGGGCAAAGCCAACCGCCAUGUUGCUGUGACCAACAUGAACGAGCACAGCUCCCGCAGCCACAGCAUCUUCCUGAUCAACAUCAAGCAGGAGCACGUGGAGACGGAGCAGAAGCUCUGUGGGAAGCUCUACCUGGUGGAUCUGGCUGGCAGUGAGAAGGUCAGUAAGACCGGCGCUGCUGGAGCGGUUCUGGACGAGGCCAAGAACAUCAACAAGUCUCUGUCCGCGCUGGGGAACGUCAUCUCUGCUCUGGCUGAAGGAACUAAAACCCAUGUCCCGUACCGUGACAGCAAGAUGACCCGGAUCCUGCAGGACUCUCUGGGUGGAAACUGUCGCACCACCAUGUUCAUCUGUUGCUCCCCGUCCAGCUACAAUGAAACUGAAACCAAGUCCACUCUGAUGUUUGGACAGCGUGCGAAGACCAUCAGGAACACUGCCUCCAUCAACCUGGAGCUGACUGCCGAGCAGUGGAAGAGGAAGUACGAGAAGGAGAAGGAGAAGAACAAGACCAUGAAGGAGACCAUCCAAAAGCUGGAGGCUGAACUCAACCGCUGGAGGAACGGAGAGGAGGUUCCUGAGACCGAGCGGACUCAGGCCGAGAUCGUGACCCGCUACGAGACCACCGAGGAGCGUCCCAUUUUGGACAACGACAACUCCUCCAUCGUGGUCCGCAUCUCUGAGGAGGAGCGGCAGAAGUACGAGGAGGAGAUCCGCAAGCUGUACAAGCAGCUGGAUGACAAGGAUGAUGAGAUUAAUCUGCAGUGUCAGCUGGUGGAGAAGCUGAAGCAGCAGAUGCUGGACCAGGAUGAGCUGCUGGCCUCCUCCCGCGGCGAUGGAGACAAGGUCCAGGCGGAGCUUGGUCGGCUGCAGGUGGAGAGCGACUGCGCCAAGGCUGAGGUGAAGGAGGUGCUGCAAGCGCUGGAGGAGCUGGCCAUCAAUUAUGACCAGAAGAGCCAGGAGGUGGAGGAGAAGGGCCUGCAAAACCAGCUCCUGGCUGACCAACUGGCCCAAAAGAUGGCGAGUCUGAUGGAGUUGGAGGCGGAGCUGUCUCGCAUGCAGGAAGUGAGCGGUCAGCAAAGGAAGCGCAUCGCCGACGUGCUUAACGGGUUGAUGAGGGACCUGAGCGAGUUCAGCUCCAUCGUGGGCAAUGGUGAACUCAAGCUGCCGGUGGAGAUCAGCGGAGCCAUCGAGGAGGAGUUCACGGUGGCCCGUCUCUACAUCAGCAAGAUCAAGUCAGAGGUGAAGAGCAUGGUGAAGCGCUGCAGGCAGCUGGAGAACAUGCAGCUGGAGUGCCACCGCAAGAUGGAGGAGACUGGACGGGAACUCUCCUCCUGCCAGCUCCUCAUCUCUCAGCAUGAGGCGAAGAUCCGCUCUCUGACCGAGUACAUGCAGAGUGUGGAGCACAAGAAGAGGCUGCUGGAGGAGAGUCAUGACUCCCUGAGUGAGGAGCUGGCCAAGCUCCAGGAGCAGGAUAAUUCCAUGCUGGAGGAGAAGGAGGGAGAGAAGGGAGAGACUGAAGAUGGAAAUGUCAAGAAGGUGACUCGCCAGCAGGGGGAGUCUCACCGUGGCCUCCAUCACAAGCAGCUUGCACGCCUGCGGGAUGAGAUCAACGAGAAGCAGAGGAUCAUCGACGACCUCACUGAUCGUAACUCCAAACUGGAGCUGGAGCUGGCCCAGGUCCGAGCUGACUAUGAACGCCUGAAGAGUCAGGACAGCACCAAGAGCGAGCGCCUGGAGGAGCUCUCAUUCCUGCACGAACGCCACGAGCAGACCAAACAGGACUUGAAGGGUCUGGAGGAGACUGUCGCCCGCGAACUCCAGACCCUCCACAACCUGCGCAAGCUGUUCGUUCAAGACCUCACGUCGCGGGUUAAAAAAAGUUCCGAAAUGGAACCUGAUGAUAGCGGGGGGUCUAGCACCCAGAAGCAGAAGAUUUCCUUUCUUGAGAAUAACCUUGACCAACUUACAAAGGUUCACAAGCAGCUGGUUCGUGACAAUGCAGAUCUGCGUUGUGAGCUUCCAAAGUUGGAGAAACGUCUUCGGUCUACUGCUGAGAGAGUUAAGGCCCUGGAGACUGCACUGAGGGACGCCAAAGAAGGCGCCAUGAUGGACCGCCGCCGCUACCAGCAGGAGGUGGACCGCAUCAAGGACGCCAUGAGGGCAAAGAGUGCCAUGAGGCGCCCGCAUGCGGCACAGAUCGCCAAGCCAGUGAGACCGAAGCAGAUGCCCGUCUGCUCUCCCACCAACCCCUUCUACGCCUACAUCCGUGCCACUGAGCAAGGCAACACCUACAGCAACGCCCUCUUCCAGAGCAGCGUGCACCAAAGCGCAGCCAGCGUCAACUGCAGUCCAAACUCUGUGCAGAGCAACACAGUAUCCACAGCGCUCGGCUACAGAGCAGGCAGAUACAACGGGGACAUACUGGAGUCCUACCCUCUCAAUAUUGACAAUGGAAACAGCAUCACUGAAACAAGAGACAUCAAUGACAACAGAUUCAGGUGUUAUUCUCCUGCUGUUCAUUUGAACAGGAGUGACGUUCACUGUGGCAGCGAGGUGGAUGACUCAAACAGACAGUACAUCAUUCAGCAGGAGUCCGCCGCGAGUUAAUAGCUUGGAGAUGACCAACCACUGUAUCUGUCCACACCUCUGCAUGCAGCCUGUCUCCCCGUCGCCGUCUGUAGCCUCGUAGUUCCCACGCUAGAUGAAGCUCCCUCCUCCUUCCCCUCAGGUUUGCUCUACUCAUUUAAAGUAACAAAUCUCGGCUGAAUUUUAAUCCCCUCGACUCGAGCUCUGAUGGCACACUAGAGCGGCGCCUCUGUGUGUCGGCGCAUCCGUCAUCCCCGCUCACCUCUUCUUCAUGUUGAUGACACGCUUUGGACAGACGUGACCUCCUCCUCUGUCAUGACUGAAGCACGUCGUGUGUAACGCCAGCUUGCAACAGAAGACCCAUGCGCCGCAUGCAUGUCUCCAGGCGGCUUUGCUUUCAAAUCUUUGCAUGACUCCAGGAAUGCUCCUGGUGGAAGCCACUGACUGACUUGGACAGAUGUUAGAGAGACGCUUCUCUUUUUUGAACCGACUACAGUGAGAGUUAUUUGAUACUUUUAUCAUUCUAGCUCCCUGCAUUACUGCAAACAUACUAGUAUGUUGUCAUGUGUUUACAUUUCUCAUGUUGUCCAGUGGGAGUUUUUACUAACCUCCCCAAAAAUGAGUCACUGGUGACACGCUGUUCUGAAACAAUCAGAGUUUAUAGUCAGGCGCAAUGAUGAGGUGAAACAUGUUUUAAGAAGCUCACUGUGGAACACAAAUCCUUUGUUAUUGAACAAACAAAAUGGCUGCACUGAAGGUGUUCCAGACACUUACAAGGGGACUUCAGGCCCACAGAUGUGUUGUCAGUGUGAAACCAAGACUGGCUCCCAACUGACCUGCCAGCAGUCUGGGCGUCCAGUCACGCUCUUAUCCUUCUGAAGGACAUCCUGAUCAGCCAGUCAGGAUCGAAGAAUAAGUGUCGGAGUUUAAUUCCUGAUAACAGCACAUUUGUGUCGGCCUGAGGAAGCUCUUGCUAUGUUGCAGAUAUCUACCAUUUCUACAUGAAAUAAAGUUAAUAAUAACCAUAAAUAAAUGCUUUUCAGUCAGAAUCAACAGGCACCUAUAAAUGAUGCACUUCAUUUUUUAAAAACAUUUUAUUCAUUGCGAUAAAAUAAUAUUCAUUCCAGAAAUCGGAGCUGUAAAUAGAGUCAUUCUGGUUUGUAUUUCAGCAGUCAUAUUUUUAAAUUCUUUCUCAAGCAAAAAAAGGAUUUGAUGUUGUUAUUCACACGCUGGUGGUAGAGAACAUCUCAGGGCUUAACACUGUCAUGCGGCACCAUCCUCCUCUCAUGCUUUCAUCUGUCCUGACAUCAUUAUUUGACACUCAAGAAGCAUCAAGUUAUGACUUGAUGGUCCCUGCAACACUUUAUAAUUUUAAUAUUCCAGUGAAAUAAACCUGAAGGUGAGGAGAUCGAGGGCUUUACUCUCUUCUGCUGCUCCACUCUCCCAUUUCUUCACAUCUGAAAAUGUGCUUUAUAUUGUUAAUCUUGUAAGUAAAACGUGUGCCAGUACAUAAUAAAAAAAAAAAAAAGUAAGUUAGCGGCACUUGUAAACUCUGUUCAGAGAAAUCUCCAAUAUUUGUUUGGUUUGGUUCCUGUAUGCCUAUACUGUAGCGUCGACAUGAUUUCUGUGACUUCACCCUGAUGAAUCUCUGUAUAUAUAUAAAUAUAUAUUUAGGUCACAACGCUGUGUUGUACGUGAGUCGCUGUGUUGUAGUUCAAUAAACUUGUAG